AUGGGCAGCUGUUGUGGUAAAUAAAAGCAAGACGGCAAAACUGGCUAACAUUAGUAGCCAGGCCAAAAGCUACACCAACAGCCAUAGCAAAAACAAUCUUUAUAGUCAAAUAAUUAAAAUGAUUAAAACAAUAAUUGGAUGCAAAGCAAUAAUAAUCAGGCUUCUACUAAGCACCUGACUAAGAACACAAAUGAGCAUCAGGAUGAUCAUGUUGGUGGUAGCGCCAAUUAGGGAUAAAGUGAUAUGGCUAUUAAUAAUAAUAAUAAACUAAGUUAAAAUAAUUAGCAUAAUAUUUAUUCUUCAAAAGAAAAUGCUGAAUAUGAGAUGCUUAAUAAUGCAAAAAAUGAUAAAAUUAUAAAUGGAGGAGUUAAUCCUUAGUCUGCAAGGAAGGAUGUUCUCAAUUUAGAAUAAGUUUAAUUGCAAUUUAAUGAUAAACAAGAUGCGAAUUAGCAGAGCACAUAAAAAAAUCAAGAGGUUAGUAAUGCUACUACCUCCCCUUUCACUUCUAACAAAGAAAAUACAAAGUUGUAAAAUGGCAUUCACACUAAUGGACAAUAGUAAGAAUAAAGCAAUAUUUCAACUAUUCCUUAAGGCAAUAAAAAUAUGCAAAUAAAAUCUGCAAAUGCUAAUACAUAACCUAUUCAAAAUUAAGGUUCUAAUUUGUAAAACUCUUAAUAAAUAGUAGGAUAGUCUUAUAUGGAAGGAGAGAGUAUUGAUAAUGUUGAAUAGAUACUUUAAAAUAAACCUAAAAGCCAAGAACGAGGCAGCUAAAAUAAUCGUUCUAGUAUUUACAAAGAAAAUUAUUAGCAAAUGACAAACACAAUUAUUUGUAGAAACGACAUUUUUAUCUUCUCAAACCAUCAAUUUUAGAAACAAGUUAAUUCGAAAAAGAAAGGAUUCGAAUUGUACUGCUACUUCUCCGAAAAGGAAAGCAAAAUGUACAUGCACGAAUUAGUAAAAAUGCAAACAAAAUCCACUCAUGGAUCUACUCUUGCAGAUCUUGAUGCUUAAUAAAACAAUAAUUUCUCCUCAUAAGCAGCUUAAUUUUCUAAUUUCUAGGACUGGACAAAAUUACUUGAAAAGUACUAGACAGCUUAGGUUACUAAAGUCUUAGAUAAAGAUAGCAAAUCUAAAAAUUUCCCUAAUUAAGAAAUUUUUUAGUAAAUUAUCUCUAUGAGAGAAAGAGCUUGGUACGAAGAACUUGUCUAACUUUACAAGGAGAAAAACAGUGCAAAUAAAAUUAACAUGAAUAUGCAAGAGACUAUUUUUUACAAGAAACUAACUAUAAUAAAUGAUCAUUUUAGGUGGUUUGUUACUGCUGUCGCUAAUAGCACCUUUAAUAACACUUAAUUUGCCUCUUAGUUUGAAUUUCCUCCUUAAACUCUUAACAUGAAAAAGAGAAAAACAAGUAGUGUAAACAGCUAGUCAGGUGCUAAGUUAUGUCAUUCAGAUAAAAGCGAUGGUCAACCAGAGUAACCCAAUCUAAAAACUUAGCAAUCUUAGUUUAAUUAAGUCUAAAUGCAGCUUAACACUUAGCCUCCGCUUUCUCCAAUUAAAAAACCCAGCUUAUAAACGGAAAACCCAUAUUGUGACACUCUACCUGAAGCAUUUUCUCCCUUGUGGUUAAGAGGAUUUAUUUGGAAAGGAGUUUAUUUUAGACUUUUAUCAAAGAAAAAAGCAAAACAUGCCAAAUGUGAACUAAAAGCACUAAAGCAUAUCGGACUUGAGUAUUUACAAAAUGAUUCUUCUUUCAAAGUCAACAAUAUUAUGAAUUAAUCUCCUAUAUUUGUCAAUUACUUGCUCCCAUUCAUAAGUAUUGUUGAGAGUUCUUCUUUUGUAAUUUAUGGAACUCCUUAUAUAUACACUAAAAAUAACUCUAUCGAGGAAGGUCUUGUCAGAUAGAGUGGCUUCAAUUUAUACAGCGCUUAUAAUAACACUUAUCUAUUGAAGAACUUAAAAGAAAACAACCUGAAACUUUACCAUAAAAUAGAAGAAAAUGGAGGUCCAUAAUAGCCAAUUCAAAAUAUUUUUUAUAUUAUAAAUAAUGCGAGAGACUUGAUGCCAAAGCAUUGUGAAAGCAAUCUAAUGUUUAAAAUUAGUUAGGAUAUUACUGAUGGCAUAGUAUUUUAAUAGCCUCCUAAAGAUGGAUUCAUAGAAAUAAACUCUUUGAAAAAGGCUAUGGGUUAUCCAGAUAUUAAUUUUAAAUAUGCUUCAUUGAAUUAUAACUAGUAGAAAAUAGAAAAAUAGUAAGAAUAGUAAAACCAGCAGAAGAGCUCUUCAUACAAGCUAGAUUAAAUCUCAUUUAAAAAGCAUGGUUGGCUUUUUAAAAUGAUUUUCAUGUCAUAACAUGACUCCAAUCGUUUUAAUUUGAAUAAAAGAGCCAGCGAAUUACUCAAUUUAGCAUAAAGAAAAUCCAAGGAAAUAAAAAAUGUUUAUGGAAAUGUGCUAAUUUUUGCUAAAAUGCUUAAUCAAAACUGUGUUAUAAAUCCAGCAUUAGUUUAUUCCGAGGACAUUAACUAAAUUCUAAAUGUUCCAAAUUCUGAAUAAUUAAGACAACAAAAAUCUUCUUUUUCUUUGUUGAUCAACGAACAAAGAGAAACUUAUUUAUCAUAGACCAUUAAGAAAUAAAUAGACUAAUUGGUAGCCAUUCUUGAUAGAAGCGAUGUUGUUAUCUCAGCUAAAUCUUUAGUUGAACAAUUCCACAAAAAGGGAGUUAAUAUGCGCUAUGCUAUGGUUGUUUACUCUUUGUUAAAGACCUAAAAAGCCAAGAAUAUUUUAGGAUGUGAUAUAAUUGUGAGGGUUCUGAAGCAAAUAAUUUCUGAAACUACCUCAGGAACUUUUAAAAAAUUAUCUUUGAUCUCGCAAGAUCCAAUAUUAUCUCAAAAGAAAAGCCAAAUUUCUAAUGGUGUUUCAGAUGAUACAUAAGAAAAAAAUGACAUAUUCUCAGAUAAUUUAUUUAAAAAUACUCUUUGCAGAUAUUUAAGUUUGCUAAUUAAAGGAGAUCCAAAUAGUGAAGAUGCAUUAGGACUGCAAGAGAUUAUCUAAGGGUUGAAUCUGUACAGGUUAAGGACAAUAUAUCAUUCUUAAGUAAUCCUUAGUGAAAGUGCACUGGCUUUCUAUCAAAGCAGCUAAUUUAUUAAAGAACUUAUUUCGGUCGCUUAAUAAAAUGCAGGAAUUUUAAUGAUCACUUGUCAGCUUCAUCUGUAAAUAACUUUAUCUGCAGACUUAGAAAGAAAUAUCAGAAACGAUAAAUAUUAUUUCACAAUAAGAAAUGUUGUGCCUAAACCUCAAGACAUAACUCACAUUGUUUACGAAUCAAUUCCUUAUCUAACAAUUAAAGAAAUAGCUUAUUUAUUUUUAAUAAAACUUUCUUAGGAGAAUGUUCAAAAGUUUGUCUAAAUUUAACUUCCUAGUUCUCUUUACAAAAUUUCUAAGGACUAGUAAAAUGGAUUACUCUCUGAUGCUUACUACAUGCCAACAGGAGAAAUUCUAAAAGAUUUAAUAUCCUAUUUAAACUGCAUUUUUGGAAAUCUCUACUCAUUAAAUGCAGAACAAAAUUUCUUCCUUGAUCUUUACAUAUUUUAAUUAUUUGACUCAUUUUUUAUCAGCAAAGAUGAUGAAGAAUUUGUAAAAAAUAUAAUGAAUGAAAAGAUUUAACCUUUUCUAUAAAAUUAAUACACUUUCUCAGCUGAAUUAGCAAUAACUAUUUACACUUGGAUAGGUAUUUUAUAAGAAACAAAAUCUUUGUUAGAAUGCGAGCAGUCUUAUAUGAUGGCUUUAUUAGCAAUUCAUAAAUUAUACGGAGAUCCAAGAGGUAGAGGAAGUACUGUUGUUCCAUGGGAACUAUUUAUUGCAUGGAGAUUGAGUAUUAUUGCUAGAUUGCAAGGUAAAAAGCAUGAUGCUGAGUAUGUAGAAGAACUUUAUGACAGCAUCCAAUUUAGCAUGUAAAAGAAUGUCUUCAACUACUACAAAUUUAAUCACUAUAUUUACUGGGAUCCUUUUAAACCCUUUGAGUAUAAUUUAAAAAAUGCUAAUUUAGAUAAAGAUUUACCUUCAACAUUUACAUCACUUAUUUCUCUAAGAUAAAAUUAAGAGAACCUCCAACCUACUACGUUAUCUUAAAACGAACCAAACCCUUAACAAUUAGAAAACAAUUUACCUUUUAAUCAUUGGACAGAAUACCAAACUUUGGAUGAAAAUUCUCCAAUCAUUGACGUUUUAACCUCAACACUAAGAAAAAAUGAUGGUUUAUUUAAAUGGCUUAUGUAGAAUUUACUAAUUUUCUAAGAAUCAGGAGUUAUUUGGGAAAUAAGCAGUUUGAGAGCUUUCUAACUUUCAAUAAUGCAAAAUGUUUUCCAUGCGAAUUCAUCUUGCUCCUCAGUAUCAAGCCAUUCAGAUAAAUUCGAUUAAGCAACUCCUAAAUCACAGAGAAUUGAAAGUAAAAAUAAAGGAUACAUCCAAUCAAAUUAGUCUGGAAAUAUUGUUCAGAUUCUUGAAAAAGAUUACAGCACUUUUUCUAAAAAGGAUGCUGUAGGAGUAAUGUUUUCUUGGGGUUAGAACACUGAAGGUUAAAUGGGUAACGUAUAUGACCCAAAAUAAAAUUUACUCAGCAAAAAAAUAAAGGUGAAUUUCCCUAAAUUAAUCGUGCCCUUAAAGGAUACAAUAGUUACGUCUGUAGCUUGUGGUUAUCAGCACAGUGUUGCUAUAACAUAUGCAGGAACUGUUCUAGCAUGGGGUGAUAAUUCUCACUCCUAACUAGGUCUAGGAGAAAAAUCACCAUCAUCUGUUCCAUUCCCAACUCCCAUCCCCGCUCUUACAAAUAUUCAAUCUGUUUCUUGUGGUUCUGAACAUACACUAGCCUUAGACUAUAUAGGUCAAGUUUUUAGUUGGGGAAACGGAGAAGGAGGUUUGCUUGGACAUGGAAACGAAGAUGUGUGUCCAUCUCCAAAAAUUAUUGAAGCACUGAAGGGUUUAAAUGUAGACUUCAUUGUAUGUGGUGGUCUCCACUCACUUGUUUUAACUAAAAAUCGCCAAGUUUAUAGUUGGGGUAGAAAUGAAGGAGGAUAGCUUGGUAUUGAUAAAAAACUGUUUACAAAUGAGAAAUGCUACUUAACAACACCAAAAAGAGUAAAAGGAAAUUUAGAAGGCGUUGGUGUUAUUUAAAUAGCAGCAGGUGAAGCCCACAGUUUAGCUUUGGCAUUGAACGGACAAGUAUACGGUUGGGGAUAUAACAUGAAUGGCUAAAUUGGACUUGGUAUGCAAACCGAUACCUAUCCUGUCUAUGAACCUUAGCUGAUCCCUAAGUUAAAUAAAAUAGAAAAAAUUUAUUCAGGGCAAACAUUCUCUAUGUUCAUGAGUUCGAAUAAAGAAAUCUUUUGCUGUGGAUUAAAUGAUUCAAACUAGCUUGGAUUGGAGAAAGAGCCCAUUAAAAUAACUUCAACUACAAACAAUAUUUUAGAUCAAUACAAACCAUAAGAUUAAAAAAGAGCAGUAACAGAUGUUUUUAUUCCAAAGAAAAUGGAUUGCUUCCAUUAGAUUCCUGUUUUGCAUGUCUCUUGUGGACACAAUCACUCACUGGCUCUAGUUGUUGCUGACACAAAGCAUUACAUGCUAUUUGCAUGGGGUAUGCAUAAACACGGGUAACUCGGUAUAGGCGAAACAGGAUAAAACAGUUCUGUGCCUCGUCCAAUAACAUAUUUAUAAGAUGUCACAACUUACAGCAUGGCUUGUGGGUCAUAUCACUCUUUAGUAGUUGCAAAUGAUGUGAAUCGUAUCUUGAAAAAAGAAACAAUUCGUACAAUUAAAGAAAAUCUAGAAAAGUAUGAUCAGAAAUGGAAUCUGUCAUUUAAUCCCAAGGAUAAUAAAUAUUCAAAUAUUAGCGAAUUCAUACAUACAAACAGUAUCACAACUAACAAUAACAACAAUAAUAAUAGUAAUAACAUUGAAAACAUCGCUCCUUCAGAAGAAGGAAAAAUAGAUAAUCCAAAAUCUAUUUAAAAGGCCAAUCAGUACUAUGCCUUAGGCGUGCAAUUUUCCUGA